UUUUUGGAUGAAAAAAGUAAAGAAAUACUUGCUGCCAUACCCAAACUAUAUACGGAAGACAAUAUUGUAUGGUACCUAAACCAAACUAGUGAAUUGCUGCUAGCUGAUGUGUGUCCACUGCCAGUGCCACCACAUAAACUUCCUUCAAUGGCACAAGAGAUCUUGAUAAGAAAAGUGAAAAGUCUACCAAUUAAUACAGUUAUAAAACUCCUAUUUGGGAGGGAAAUUUCGAAGAAUAUAAAAGCAUCUCAUCAAGCUUUUCAAAAUUCAAAGGCAAACAAAGAAACUCUUUUUAGAAUUAUUGAAGAUCUUACCAGGAUCAUCACUAAUGGGUCACAGGAAUCUACUGAGUAUUAA